CGACCACACGGCACCACGACGACACAUCCACCACACACACACUAAACCAAACCACAUCACCCCACCUAAAACCGCGCUAUCCACCCCCACCACCCCCACCACCCACUUCUCCAUUCAACCUGUACUCCCAUUGUCCUUUUGGGCCCCCAUCUCAGCAUCUCUCCACUGUGCAUCACACACUCGUACACCUCUUAUCACACACUCGUACACCUCUUCAAUCCUGCAAACGGCAGACACUUUUCACAUUCAGCCAACCUACGUCACGGACGGACGGCACCCGAAUAGACGCAGGCAGGACAUCAUAGCCCAAAGCCAAAACCCCGGGGUUGUAGUCUGAGUCCCUCAUCCCUCGUCCCAUCCAACUCGCCCAUCAUGGCAGUCUUUGUCACAGCCAUCCACACUUUCGUCGCCGAGCACGGGGACGAGCUCGAGUUCUCGGCCGGCGAAAAGAUCGAGGUCCUUGAAAAGGACGACGCUUUUGGAGACGGAUGGUGGAAGGGUCGCAACACCAAGGGAGAGGAAGGUCUCUUCCCGGCUACCUACAUCUCUGAUGAUCCAGAGGAUGCAGUAGCAGCAGCAGCGUCGGCCGAUGCCGACGACAAGCACGAUGGGCAUGCCGAUGGACCCAUCCCUGUCCCCGCCUCGCCAAAGAACAAUGACAAGCAGCGCAUUGUCACGCCAGAGCCCGAGAAGCCAAGUAUCACUUCCAGCAACGGCCUGCUCGCAUCGCCGUUUGCUGCCGUACCCGACCACAGCAACGAUGCUCGCGGCCCAACCAUCAGAAACAGCCUGUUGGAUGUGACUGGCGUUCCCUCGUCGGCCCUCCCUGUUUCCAAGGGCGGCCACAAUGUCAUGGGCAGCACCAUCGGUGAGGUCCAAGAGGCAAUCGACACAAUCGCUACCCCUAAGGGCGUCCAGCUCAAGGACCCUCAGGAGAAGGCGGUCGCUGCCAUCGCCGAGAAGGACGAGGACGACGACGAGGCCGACGGCCCUAUUGGUAUCGCCUCGGACACACGUGCCCGCCUCGCCGAGCAGGCGAAGCUCGCCAACGAGGAGCGUGACAGACAACGCGAGAGCGGACCCGUCGCCGACCUCAUCUACUCGGACGAGAGUGACGAUGACGAGCCUGUCCAUCACACGCACCCUAUUGGGGGAGCCCACACCCUGAAUGGACACUCCCAGUCCGUCACUCCGACCAUCGUCGAGCACCCUGAUGACGCCGAAAUCUCGCCGCCGUCAACAGUGAAGCAUUCGGAGCCCGUCGUCCCCACACCAGUGCAGCUCUCGGACAAGGCUCUGUCGUCUGUCGUUUCAGCACCGGCAGUGGAGCCUUCGGUGGUGCCUGACACUACGGCAGUCUCAAAGUCUGCUGACUCGACGACCACUGGCUCCCAUUUCGGCAUUGGUGCUGGCGCCCUUGCCGCUGGUGCGGCUGCGACGACUGGCGCUGCUGCAUUCGCAGCAUCGCACCUCGCGUCCACUCGUGGGCAGGACUCUCCUUCGUCCACCCUCACUACCCCCCAUGCCCCUCCCCCGCCCGUGGGCGAGCCCCCUGUUGUCGCGUCGCCUUCGACCCGCACCUCGUCGCUCCACGCUACAAACUCGCCCAUCAUUCCCCCGGCUCCGCUUGGCGCCGCUGUGCCCGCCUCUUACACGCCUCCGCCCCCGGAGCCCGCCCAGCUGCAGCCCUCGGCCAUUCCUGCCACUCCUCCCGUCGCUGCUCCGAUCGCGUCGACCACGUCGUCUGCUGCGGCCACCCCCAAGGACGGCACCGUCCACCGCGCCCCGGCCAAGCCACCUGCCACCUGGACUGUUGAGGAGGUUGUCGAGUGGGCGAAGAGCAAGAGCUUCGACCAAUUUGUCUGCGACAAGUUCAUCGAGCACGACAUUUCCGGCGACGUCCUUCUCGAGCUCGACGCCAACUUACUCAAGGAGCUCGACAUUCCCCAGUUUGGCAAGCGUGUUCGUAUCGCCCAGGCGAUUACCGAGUUGCGGCGGCCCCAGUCGGUUGCCUCGUCCAGCCACCCCUCGCCGCACCCCAACAAUGACCACAGCAGCCACACCAGCAGUCAGGGUUCGCGCAACUACACUGCUCCUCCGAGCUCGUUCGCCCAGCCGUAUGCGACGCCGCCCAUGUCGCAGUCGUCUGACGACACGCCGCACUCGGCCUGGUCGCACGGCCGCAAGGUCAGCAUGACUCCAACCACUCAGCCCAUUGACGAGGUUCGCGCCAUCGAGCCUGCCGUUGUUCAGCGCGUCAACGUGAACGGCACCAACGGCAACGGUCCCAUUGUCAACGGUACCCCAGCCGCUGCUACCAACGGCCACACCCAGUCGCGCUCCACAUCCUCGAUCCCCGCCAGCCCUGCCACCGGCAGCUCGGCCACUCUCAAGGACGGUCUUGGCCUUGCCAAGCGCGAGUCGACUGGUUCCCUGACGCACAAGCGCAACAAGGGUAGCAUCGACAAGACGGACCGUCUCAGCUUCUUUGGCCGCAACCGGAAGCCUCCUCCCGCCGGCUCGGGACCCCUGUCGCCUGUUGGUUCCGACCGCAGCGGUUCGCGUCUUGGCUUCUCGCACAGCAAGCCGGCUACUACGACGAUUGCUGCUGCCGCUCCGGAGCGCCGCAUCUCGAGCAGCACCAGCGGGAAUGCCGAGCCCGUCGGAGCUGCCCUUCGCCAGAUUGGCAAGCCCGACAAGGUGGGCUACCUGAAGAAGCGUGGCGAGCGGUACAACACCUGGAAGCCGCGGUACUUUGUCCUCAAAGGCUCGCACCUGUACUACCUCAAGAGCGAGAGCGAGGACCGCGUCAAGGGCCACAUCGACCUCAAGGGUCACCGCAUCAUUGUCGACGAGAGCGCCAACCCGGGCAACUAUGGCUUCCGCCUCGUCGGCCCCGGCAACGAAAAGCCCCACUACUUCUCGUCGUCGGACCAGGGAGAGCUUCGUGACUGGAUGAAGGCUCUGAUGAAGGCGACCAUUGCCCGCGACUACUCGGUGCCGGUCACCUCGUCUUGCAACAUCCCCACAAUCCCCCUUGCUGAGGCUCAGGCUCUCCAGCCCCGUCCGCCCAGCCCUGCUCAGCGAGACGCUGCUCAGCGCGCCAACCGCCGUGAGAACGUCAACCAGCUCACUCCCCGUGAUGCUAGCGUGCUCAUGAGCUUAGAUACCACGGGCAGCACACGGCGGGCCACGAGCGGCCUCAUGCCCACGCCCUCGCGUCCCAGCAGAGACACUCGCCGAGCGUCCACUGCUGAGCGGAGUGCUGGCCGACCAAGCAUUGGCUCGUACUACCCUCCCGAGGAUGAGCACCAGGCCGAGCUUCUCACCUGGGUCAACAAGACGUUGCCGCCCCAGUACCCCCGAGCUGCUCAGUUUCCAAACUCGUUCAUUUCAGGUGAAGUCAUCUUCCUACUCGUCAAGCACCUUUCGGGUAUUGAGCCGAAGCCGCCCGUCCCAUCCUCUGCUUUUGCCCCCGACCCAACUGGUCUGCCCAACGUCGAAGGCCUCUUUGCCAUGAUGGACUGUGUCAUCGACGCGGGCAUCGACAGCGCCGGCGUGAGCCUCAACGACGUGCGCGCUGGCGAUGCCACUGCGAUCACCAACCUUCUCGACAGCGUGCGCGGCUGGGCACGAACGAAGGGUGUGGCAUAGGCUUCCACAUGGCAGUACCGAGGAGACACCGAAAAGGAAUUGGCUUAGAAUAUAAUCAUGCUGUAACUGGUAUCGACCACGAGCAAUUGCAAGACGUUCCCCGCAGACGACUCGACGAUGUCUUGGCUGACAAGACGACCCCCGCACCCCUGCCCACACACACACUACGACGAUAAUGUCUGGAUUUGAGAUCUUAGUACCCCGUGCGACUGCGACAGAUUUGUUACUUUCUCUCUCUCCCUCUCUUUCCCCAUGACUUCUCCCUCUCUCUCACUCUCUGUCUCUCGUUUCCACCCAAACUCCACCCGUAGGCCGUGACCCUGGUAUGAUAGAAGGCGUCGGAUGUUAUGCACUUGAUUGCGUGCCGCGACCGCUUGCAGGCUAGGUUGCCGCGUGCGUGCGGACGUGCGGACCUUGGCACACGUUCUAUCUUGGAUGGUGUGGUGAAACGGGAAACGGCCAGUCAGGGCAGAGGGUGUGUGUGUGUG